GCUAUCAUGUCGGAUAAAAUGUUUGCAGGACAAUCCACUGUUUAUUUGGAAAAUGCUGAUAAACGGGUUAUAGAGGUACUCAACAAUAUAGAUUGCAAUUUAUCUAUUAUAACUCAGGAUAUGGGUGGGUUUUCUGAAGGUAAAUGUAACAGGAGCAUGAUAACUUACUAUAUACUCCUAGAUGUCGCUAUAUUGGUAUACAGCCAACAGUGUCGCCUACACGACAGCAUGUGAGUGACCUGUUGACUUGGCUCUAAUUUUACGACAGCUACUUUCUCUAAAAUAGAGUCCAACUCGGUAUGAAUAAGUUGUGCCAGAGGUUCAGUGCCGAUAGAUGUUCGCACGAGGAUGGUUGGUAGGACGUUACUUCUUCUUACGACCCUCGUUACGCUUAUCAAUGCUAAGGUAUACAAUGUGGGUGUGUUAAUGAUGACGGACUCGUUCAGGUAUAGAUUCGAUAUCCAACAUAUUGGUCCAGCUAUUGAUAUAGCCGCUGAGGAGUGUAAAAACGAGUUUGAUGUCAACUUAAAUUUGGUUCCUGGUUAUUACAAGCACAGAUGCUCUCAAACCGAAUCUAUAGGUAAAGCUACAGACAUGGAUAAGAUGUAUAAUAUAACUGCAUUUAUAGGUCCAGCUUGUAGUGAUGAUCUACAGAUCGUUGGUCGAUUCGCUUCGUAUAGGAAGAUACCAAUUUUGACUGGAUUAGGAGACAUACUAAGCAAGAGAAAUGAAUUUAAGACACUUAUUAGAGUAUCCUACGAAUUGGAUGAUAAAGCUAGAGCUAUUUUAGAAUUUCUAACCCACUUCAAAUGGAUGAAAUUCGGAUUGAUUUAUAGGAAAGGUGAUGUUUACUACGAUUCCCUAAAAACCCAGAUAAAAGGCUUUGCAGAAAAGUAUAAAAUGAAAGUUACUUGCGAGGAAGCUUACGAAAGGACACAAAACAGAACAGUUUUGACAGAUCUGAAAGGCUUGAUGAUAAAGAUAAAGAUUUGUUCUAGAGUGGUAGUAAUCUUAGGGGGUGAUAGAGAAGUUAGACAGAUGUUACUUAUUGCUCAAGAAUUAGGAAUGACUGAAAGUGGUGAAUAUGCAUUUAUCUGCCCUGAAUUGAUCCAGAGUGAAGCUUAUGGAAAUGUUUCCUGGGCUGGAGGAAAUGAAGAUUAUCAAACAAAAUUAAAAAUUAAGAAAGCAUACGAAGCAUUGAUGAUAGUUAGCUUGAAUCAACCACUUUCUCAACAAUAUUCAGAUUUUUCGAAUGAAGUUAAACGAAGAGCUUUAGAAUAUUAUAAUUAUACUUAUGAUGAGAAAGACGUAAAUUACUUCACGUCCAGCUUUCACGAUGCUGUCUGGUUAUUAUGUCAAGCAAUUAAUCGAAGUGAAAGUCAUAGAAACGAUUCGCAAGCAUUAGUCCCUGAAACAUUAAUCUCCAUAAUAAAAAAGCUUGCUAAAGGUAUACACGGUAUGUCAGGAAACAUUACAAUUAAUGAUGAAGGGGAUCGUAUAGCUGAUUACGCUUUAUUAGAUCAAACUAACACCAAAACUGGUGAUUUUAAGGUUGUUUUACAAUUUUAUGGUUCUACUAAGGAAUAUUAUGAAGAAGCUCAGAUACAUUGGCCAGGAGGGAAACCACCUAUUGAUAGACCAGAAUGUGGUUUCGAUGGAAAAGAUCCAAAAUGUUUAGUCAAAAAAUUUUCUUAUUCGGAAAUCAUUAUGGCAGCCGUUGUGGUUUUUCUUGUGAUUUUCAUUAUCGUUGGAAUAAUUAUUUACAGGAAAUUAAAACUUGAAGCGGCUCUAGCUAAUAUGUCGUGGAGAAUACGAUGGGAAGAACUUACAUUUACAAAAAAUUGUCGAAGUAGUUGGAUGAUGAGUCGAUUAUCUUUAACGAGUGCUAUGUCUUCAAAGAUGGAGAGAGGGUGGGUUUGCUGGGUGCCCAAAGUUAAUGAUAAUACUUAUCUAGAAACUUAUGGACAAGCAUGUGAACUUCCACAACAAUAUGUUUUGACUGCUGUUUAUAAAGGCAACACAGUAGCCGUUAAACGUUCAUCCAGACAGAAAAGAAUGGAACUUACACGUUGUGUAUUGAUGGAAUUAAAAAUAAUGCGCGAAGCUCAACAUCAGAAUAUUGCUCGCUUUAUUGGUGCGUGUGUUGACCCACCUAACAUGGCCAUCCUUACAGAAUAUUGUCCAAAAGGUAGCUUACAGGAUGUACUAUAUAAUGAAUCGCUUGAUCUAGAUUGGAUGUUUCGUUACUCUCUUAUUAAUGACAUUGUAAAGGGUAUGUGUUAUCUUCACGGAGGCGAAAUUGGUUCUCAUGGUCGUCUUCGUUCGUCUAAUUGCCUUGUAGAUAGUCAUUUUGUUCUAAAACUCACAGAUUUUGGAUUACCUUCUUUUCGACAUGAUGAAACAUACAUUGCUAUUGAAAUUGGCGAUCAAAAAAAAUAUUUAUGGAAGGCUCCAGAACUUCUUCGUCUAAAUCAUUGUCCUCCGGAAGGCACACAAAAAGGCGAUGUUUAUAGUUUCGGAAUAAUAUUACAAGAAAUUGUACUCAGAGAAGAACCUUUCUAUCCUCAUAUCGAAAAUAUGGAUAUUUCAGAUAUCAUCGCUCUUGUCAGAAGUUCUGAUGAUCCCCCUUUUCGUCCGAUUAUCAGCAAAGGUACAUGUAUUAAAGAACUUCAAGAUUUAAUGCAAAACUGUUGGGCUGACGAUCCAGAUAAUAGACCAGACUUUGGGCAAAUUAAACAAGAUAUGAGAAUUAUUAAUAGAGGUCAGAACGGAGAAGUUAAUAUAAUGGAUAAUUUAUUAUCUCGCAUGGAACAAUAUGCUGGAAAUUUAGAACAUUUAGUGGAACAAAGGACUGCUGCAUUCCUGGAAGAAAAGAGAAAAUCAGAAGAAUUGUUAUAUCAAGUUCUUCCAAAGUCUGUAGCAGAGCAAUUGAAACAAGGAAAAGCCGUAGAACCAGAGAUGUUUGAUAGCGUUACCAUUUACUUCAGUGAUAUUGUUGGAUUUACAUCAAUGUGCUCAGUUAGUACACCAAUGCAGGUAGUGGAUUUCUUAAAUGAUCUAUAUACUUGUUUCGAUUCCAUUGUUAGUGAUUUUGAUGUUUAUAAGGUGGAAACGAUAGGUGAUGCGUAUAUGGUGGUUUCAGGCCUUCCAGAUAGAAAUGGAAUCAACCAUGCUUAUGAAAUCUCACGUCUUGCAUUAACUCUUCUCCAUGCCAUGGAAAAUUUUCAUAUUCGACACAGACCAGAAGAAAAAUUAAUGCUCCGAAUCGGUAUCCAUACAGGAUCUUGUUGUGCGGGAGUAGUUGGACAGAAAAUGCCAAGAUACUGUCUUUUUGGUGAUACUGUCAAUACAGCCUCAAGAAUGGAAUCGACUGGAGAACCAUUGAAAAUUCAUAUUAGUUCAUCAACAAAGCAUCUUUUAGAUCGUUUUGGCAGUUUUAUAGUUGUUCCAAGAGGAGAGAUCGAUGUUAAAGGUAAAGGAAAGAUGGAAACGUAUUGGUUAUUAAGAGAGGGAGAACCCGAAGACUUUUUUCACAGAGCGCAAACUAAGUAUGGCUGGUGAAUUGUUUCUAUGCUGAAAAACCUUUGUAUAAUAGAAUAUAAUGCUGCCAUGCAGUCGAAACGUGAAUCAGUUCUAAUAUUUUGUAAAUUAUAAACAAUCAUAGUGUUUCGUAAAUAGUGUGAAUAGUGUAUAUUGUACAGCUGUGUAACAGUUCUCAUUGUACAUAAAAUAAAUGCAUCAUUUGUA